AUGAGUGAACUUUUCGGAGACAUGUUUGCUCAAGAUCAAGAGCUAUUACCACAAGGAUCAUCAUCAACGAAUGGAGGUACAAGCAAGGAAGGAAGAAAUUAUAACCAACUAUUAUCAUCAUUAGAUAAUUUAAAAAGACAAGCCUCUAACUUUGUCGGACUUCGAAAUCAAGCCUCUACAUGCUAUCUCAAUUCAUUGAUUCAGACAUUGUACAUGAUCCCCCAAAUGAGAGCCAACUUCUUAAAUCUGGAUCUUGCGAAAUAUUAUGAACGAUCAUCAGGCUCUUCGUCUUCUUCAAAACCAUCUGUUGAUGAGUACGAAGAUGUAGAAAUUGAUUUUUCAACUUUUCCUUUUUAUUCUCAAUUAUUGGACAUGGGAUUUGAAUCUACUCUGAUCAACAAGGCUUUCCAUAAAUUUGUUGAGCCUACAGACACAUCAGAUACAGAAGUCAGUAAUCGAGUUCAAGAAAGUAUGAUACUGUGGCUAUUUGAAGAACAAGAACGACAACAGACCGCAGCAUUUUCUGAUAAUUCCUCUCUUGUGGCAUUUGACAAUAGUGACGGAGCUGUAAUGGGUUCUUUAUUUGACAACAUUCCAGUCAUAGAUGAAACUGUCACAUCACACAUUUCAACCAAUUCCAAAAAAAUAAUCAAGAAGAAAAAGGCCAAAAAACAAAAGCAGCCUAACUUGCUAUUUGUCAUGCAGAAAUUAUUCUCAUACAUGGCAAAAAUUGAAAAACCAUCAAUAGAAACUGUAGAACUUACAGACGCUUUUGGAUGGAAGUCGAGGCAUGUCUCAAUGCAACAUGACAUCCAAGAGCUUAGUCGAGUUUUCUUUCAAGCAUUGGAGACAAAACUGUCCAAGAUGAAAAUUGACAACUUUAUUAAGAACACCUGUGCAGGAAAAAUUGUCAACAAAAUCGUAUGCCAAGAAUGUGGAAAUGUGAGCUGUGUUGAAGAAGAGUUUUACGACUUGACCAUUACGGUUGAGAACAGCUUAAAGGAAAGCUUAGAAAAAUAUACAGAAGUUGAAAGAUUUGAAGGUAAUAACAAGUAUCAUUGCUCAAAUUGUAAGAAAUGUGUAGAAUUGGCAUUGAGGAACACCACUAUUCGCCAGUUACCACCAAUAUUAUUUUUCAGUCUUACUCGAUUUUCGUAUGAUUGGAACACAGAAUCAAGAAUUAAGGUGAAGAAAGAAAUGGCCUUUGAAGCCUCUUUAGACAUGACUCCAUUUACAGAAAAUCCUUCCACUACCGACAGAGAUGAAUAUGAACUUGUUUCUGUGAUCAUCCACUCGGGAAGUCCCUAUGCAGGUCACUACUAUUGUCUUGCAAGAGAUUUUUUAGGUGAAGGCAAGACAACUAUCGAAGAUGAAGAAUCUAACAAGAAUGAAAAGAAAAACAAAAAGAAAGCAUCGUCAAUCUUCCAAGUUAGUGACGAUCAACAUUGGUUUGAGUUUAACGAUGAAAGAGUUUAUCAAGUAGAUGCCAAAGAUGAAAUUCCAAAAUAUUUUGGUGGAAAGGGAGCGUCUGCCUACAUGUUAGUCUACAAGAAGAAGUCUCUCAGUGAUACCAUAAUUAACUUUUCUUUACCUCCAUAUUUUGAACAAGAAAUUGACAAAGAAAAUGAUCACAUUCAAAUCUUACGAGAUUACCAAACACAACAAAACGACAUGAAUCGGCAAGCUAAUUUAGAAAAGCAAAAUACUGGCUCUGCUCUCGUUUAUUUACCCAGGUUUUUCUCUGUUGAAGACGCAUCUCUGGUGCCCUCCAAUUUUGAUGAAAUUGGCAAAUUAUACAGAACUUUUUCUUUCCAUUAUGACACAUCACUGAACGAUUUUUAUGGACUGGUACAGGAAAAAUUUGCAGACUCUUUUGAUAACUUUACUUUGUAUACUAUGGAAAAGGAUGGCAACAAAUAUGUGAUUGGAUCUGAACUUCCAAAGCAUGCUGACGAUGAUGAAAUUUUGAUUAGGCAAUAUUGUAAGCAAGACUCCAAGUACAUGUACAUUUUAGUGGAUUCUCAAACCAUGUCACCCACAGACAAUAGAUUCCAGAUACAAAAAUCCACUUCCUCCACUGAAAUUACGCUUUAUGAAUCAUUUUGUGACACCAAGAUUGUAAAAUUAGAGUUUAACAUUUCUACAACGUUGAGAGAAUUGAUCGAUCAAGCAAAAGAACGGUUUUCAUGUGAACUUCCUUUGAGAGUGUUUUUCAAUUAUACCAAAGGCAAGCCCCAGCGAAUAAGCAACCUUGAUGCUAAAAUGCUUUGCUACCUUAACGGAUUUACAUCCAUCAGUUUGGAACAUGAGACAAACGAUAUAUCUUAUGUUGAAACGCUGUAUGAAGAGGCCCAAGUGCUUGCACAGCUCGUUACCAAUCAAACCAAUGACUCCUUCAAAAGAACAGACGAUGAUCGUGGAGAUUUAGUUAUUGUGAAAUUUGCUGAUAGAGAGAAAUUGAUUCAUAUUGACCUUUCAAGUUCCUUGUUUCUUCUCAAGAAAAAGAUUCUUCAUGAAAUGUUCUCCACCAAUAUCAAAAUUUUGGACAAACUAAGCGCUGAAGGAGAUGUGUGGAUUAGAAAAUGUGUACUUAUUAGAAAGCAAAAAAAGAGUUUUAUUGAAGAAAAGGAUAAUGACUCUCCGUUAACAAAGCUUGAUAUAGGUGACGGCGAUCGAUUAGAUGUAGUGAUCCACCUCCAAUCUGAAAAGGAAGUAGAAAUUCAAUUUAUUGAGAUUGUCCCUCAAGAUCCAAACUAUGACGAAAAGAAUGAAGCAGUUACCUUCAACACUCGCAACACCUUUUUGAUGAAAUUAGAGCAAGACAUGUCUCUGAAACAAUGCAAAACAAAAUUGAGCCAAAGAUUCAAGAAGGAUGAUUGGGAAUAUGAUAACAUCCACAAUUUUAGAUUCAGAUCAAGUCAAAAUGGUCACUCUGGACAAGUCAUCAAAGAUGAAGAUACUCUUCUUUCCACUCUUCUUAUUGAACAAAACGAUAAUGUCUUAUUUGUAGAGUUAGGAAGAGCCCCUAUUAUUGGACAAGUUAAAGUAUUGGUGAAUUUAGUCAAAGAUCAAUUUCCUCCAAAAACUCCAUCAGACAAGAUAUUAAAUGAAAAUGAGGAAUAUCUCGAGCAAUGUGCAACAUUAACAGUUUCUGAAAAUUGUACUCUGGCUUUCUUUAAGCAAUGUUUAUUGAAACGAGUGAUUACCUUUAAAGAUAUAUCCAGCAUUGCACAACUUCAAAUAAGAGAUUGCUCUUUCUCUGCAGGUUUCAAACGAAUGACCAAAGUAUACUCUGAUACUUUCCAUUUGAAUAAGACUUUGGAUAAGCUUCGAUGGAAAGACACAAAAGUCAUUGCUGUCAAAAUUCUUAAUGAAUCUGAAAUUCGAAAGAAUCAUGAACUUCAACAACAACAACAGGAUGAACCCUCUCAAACUACCAAAAAACGUGACAAAACAAAAGGAAAGAAGAAGAUUAUUCCUCCACCAGUUCAUGUCAUCGUUAGAACCAGAGAAAAAUCUCCAACAGGAUCACAAUUUUUAUAUUCAGCAGCUAAAGAGCUUGUUAUUGAAGCUCCAACAAUUAGCAAGUGGGAUCAUUUGGAAGCAUUUAAAAAAGGAAUAUUGGAAAUGGCUGAUUUGAGUUUUAAUGAAAAUGAAGUUAUCAUUUCCAAAUAUAGUUUCAAUGAUACCAGAAUUAUCAGAAUUGAUGAAUUGGAUGAAACCACAAGCAAUGAAACCACACAAACAACAAGUAUUGAAGACUCUACUCAAAAAGUGACAUCCUCUCAAGACACUAUCACCAACAAGGAAAAAGAAAAGGAAAUUCAUCUCAUGAAAAGAAUUAAUAUUAGUGACGGAGACGUAUUAAUUGUGAGUUUGAAGAGUGACUUGGACAAGGAUGAAAUUAUGAAAAAUUUCUCGACAAGUCUCAAAGAUUUUGAAAAGGAAAAGAGUUCUUCUGGAAAGAGAGGAAGUGAAGAUGACUUUUUUGGAUUUGUUUUGAGCAAGGGUUCUCGUGUGAAAGAGGAAGCGUUACAAAUAUUCCUUGAUGAUAGUGAUGAAGAGGAAGAUGAUUGA